AAGGAGUAUCGAAGUAAAUUUAAUAUAAAUUGACUUCAUACUCUCUUUAUCACAGAACUAUAAUGAUGCUAGAAAAUCUAUGAUCUUUACAUUGUUAUUUAUUACUGUAUUAGCAAAAAAUGCAAGCCGGGGAUCGCAGACCGAAAUCGUGGGUGGAGAACACUGAACUUGUGUUCCAACCCAGGCACCAUGCAGGAAGACUGCUCAAAGAUGAUCGAAAGCAAAUUGUUUCUCAGUUUUUUGAACCUGUAUCUUCUGUUGGUUCGUUAUCUGACAGUACCAAUGCGAUUUCUAUGCCAACUAUGUGGUAUGACACUGUGGAAAUCAGUGAUUUUGAACGCCAGAUUGUAGGCCAGCAAGAUACUACUGCGGAUGCACCUGAAUUAAUAAGAAACUUAUCAGAGUUUCCUAUUGAUGAUGUAGAAGUUAAGGAAGUACAAAGAGAAUGCCGUACUGUAAACUCUGUCAAACUAGAAGAGGAAAAUGUUGACUCUCAUGUUAUUAAUUGUUUCAAUUCAUUUACUGACGAUUGGUCUGUUUAUACUCGUAAGUAUGCACACCUUGGUUCAGGUACUCUAGCAUAUAAUGAAGAAAAAUCUUCUGUAAGCAUCAAGGCAUUACCAAAGCAAUUAUAUGAAGGUGAAUUUGUGGAAGAGACGAAUGAAGUAUCUCCUGGAGCAGAUCCAGAAGGGGGAGCAAGAGGUAGUUGGUCAAGUAAUCAAGAUAUGAAAAAUUCUCAGUCCGAUCCAAUGUUAGAGUCUGUUUUGGAAGGCAAUCCACAAGAAGAAGUAGAUAGUUUAAAUCGUGAAAGAAGAAACAAAGACCGGUUGCCUAGUCUUUUUGCUUUGUAUCACCCACCUACACAAUCAACCACAUCAAUUCAACAAUCAGCAGUAGGUGGCCCAGGAGAUGACAGUGAUUUCCCUAUUGAAAAACGACAUGUACCCCCAGCACCAGAGGAGCAUUUAGGAUAUCGUUUGCUUGUAAAAUGCCUCAAUCUUGAAAUGGAUGUGGAGAUUGAGCCUAUAUUUGCUUGUGUUGCAUUAUAUGACACCAAAUACAAGAAAAAGAUUUCGGAGAAUUUUUACUUCGAUCUAAAUUCUGAAGCAAUGAACAAAUUGAUCAAGAAUGAUGGCGUACCACCGUCCAUCCCUACAUUGGCUCGAUCAGCAAUAUUUUCAUUGACCAGCCCAUCCAAGGAUGUUUUUAUUGUUAUUCGUCUUGAAAAAGUUUUGCAACAGGGAGAGAUUGUGAACUGUGCGGAGCCGUAUAUGAAAGAUGCAACUGAUAAAGUGCGUGAAAAGGCGAAGCAAUCAUCAAAAUGGUUUUGCGAACGUUUGGGAAAAUACAGAAUGCCUUUUGCGUGGACUGCAAUACAUCUUAUGAACAUUGUGGGUAGUGCGACAAACUUGAAACCGAUGCAAGAAACAACUUCGAGUGCAUUUUCUGGCCAAAACGCAGAAGAAGGAAAAUCUAGUGGAUCUCUUGACUCUAAUAUGCAGAAAAGAUCACUGAAACACACAGUUUCUGGACAGCAAGAUUUGUCAGAAACGCAACAGCAAAUGCUCACAACUUUCAAACCAGUUACUUUGACCGUUUCAAGUGUGUUUAAACAAGAAAGUGAUAAACUGAAAGAUGAAGAUUUGUUCAAGUUCCUGGUUGAUUUGAAAAGGCCUUCAAGUAUGCUAAAAAAAUUGAAGCUGAUUCCAGCUUUACUUAAGUUAGAUGUAUCUCCUUGCCCACCAAAUUUUCCAUACUGUAUCACCCCAGACUUGCACAGAUUAAAACCAUACCCUGAUCAACGAGGUCGUCCCAGUAGAGAAAUUAAGGAGUUUUCUCCAAAAGAGGUUUAUGUUCCCAAUCUGACAUACUGCAAUCUUAUGUAUGUAUACCCACUAAAUGUUAACUUCACUAAUAGACAAGGUCAUGUUCGAAAUAUUGCUGUGAAGGUUCAACUACUGUGUGGAGAAGAAGCUAACAGCGUAUUGCCAGCAAUUUUUGGAAAGUCCAACUGUGCAGACUUUACCACUGAAGCAUAUACUGCCAUUACUUAUCACAUCAAAAAUCCGGAUUAUUAUGAAGAAAUCAAAAUUAAACUCCCUGCAAAAAUAACAGAAAAACAUCACCUUCUGUUUACUUUUUAUCACAUCAGUUGUCAGAAAAAGCAGGAUCUUACACCCAUUGAGACAAUUGUUGGCCACACUUGGAUGCCAUUACUUCAUAAUGGUCACCUUCAUGUUGGAGAUUUGUCAUUGCCAGUGUCAAUGGACAAGUUACCUUCCAAUUAUACUCUUCUUUCACCAGAGUCUAACAUCCCAGGAGUCAAAUGGGUAGAUGGACGAAAACCAGUGUUCAGUCUAUCUGUGAAAUGCAUUUCUACAGUUCAUACCAUGGAUCGCCAUUUGGAUAGUUUUUUCACUGUUUGCAAUGUCAUAGACAAAGGUGCAAUCGGUAGAACAGAGGAUGUUGAAAAGCGCUUGGCGAAUUGCAUGCGGGAUGUUGCUAAGGAUGCUAAACUUGAACCGCUCGUUCACUUCCUUCAUGUUAUCUUGAAUAAGUUUGUUCAGUUACUGGUCAGGCCUCCCGUCAUCAAUGGCCACGUCAUAAACCUUGGAACAACAUGUUUCGAAUCUUUAGCUUUGCUAUCAGUCAGACUUCAUCAAUCACUGGAAUUUGAUGUGAAUGAACAUGGCCAAAGCAAUUUGCUUCAUUCUUAUGCCAGUUAUGUUUUCAAUCCCAAUACUUUGCUGUCUCAAACAGAAUCUGAAGGUACUGAAACAUUGGGAGCAUUAGGUGGCAGUCAUUAUGCCACUAUGACUCGUCCAGUACAGAGAACACGCCCUGCAAUGAGUCCUGCAACAUUUCAUUUAAGCAGCAGUAAUCCAGAUCUCACAACUCCACCGGCAACACCAGAUGAGCCACCUCCAGAUGAUCCUGCUCGAUUUUUAAGAUUCUCCAGCUCUCGUGCAUCUCUUAUGGAACAACCAUCAACUACUAAAAAUCUUGAAAGCACGGGUGUGCGCUCUAUAACUCGCAAAGUAUUUCAUGAAGAACUGGCAUUGCUUUGGGUUGUAUCCACAGCACAUAUCAGAGAAAAAUCUUUCAAGCAUCCUUGGUUUUUUUUUGAUUUGAUGACAAAAUCAAUGGUCCAAAAUUUGAAGCUUACAGAUGGAUUUGAAAUGACUCGUUCUAUGAGAUUUCCAGCAAGAUAUGUGGAUGAUUUAACCAGACUUAUUCACAUGGUCACAACGGAGAUAAUCAAUAGCUAUAGUAAGGAUUAUGAUUUCGCAGAAAGGCUCAAUUUGAGCCUUGCAUUUUUUUUCAAUGAUUUGCUAUCAAUAAUGGAUAGAGGCUUUGUAUUCAGCUUGCUUCAAACUUACGCUCAGCAAAUGGGCAUGAGAAUCUACAGUUUGCAAAGUCCAGCUUCUCUGUUGAACCUUCGCCUUACUUUGAUACGGGUUGUUGCAAGUCAUGAGCAUUAUAUUACAAUGAAUUUGCCUUUUGCAAUGGCUCCCAGUCCAUCUUCUCCCACUCCAAGUGUCGCUUCUACAACAUCAUCUAUAAUUUCAAGUGGAACAACCCAUAUCAGCUCACAAUACGAGUUAUCUGAUGCAUUUAUUCAGCGACAUUACCUUGCUGGAAUCAUUCUGUCCGAUAUUCAAACUACAAUUGAUAUGAUUGAAACAGCAUCAGUCACUGGUUCACAACUUUAUGCUGUGACUACUUUGAGAAAUUUGAUGAUCAGUCAUGAUAUGGAUCCCAGGCUUAAGGAAAACCCAGUGGUAAAAGAGAAAAUAGCAGCAUUGUACAUGCCUUUGAUGUUGAUUGCAAUCAAGGCUUUGCCAUAUUUGUACCAGUUUAGCUCAGAUGCAUCAGGGGAUUCCGGAGAUCCUGGUAUUAUCAGUCAAAGUGUGGCAAAUGCAAUUGCAACUGCUUCACCAAUGGUUCUUUCUAGGACUACGUCUCAACAUGUACCUUUGAAUUCUGGAAUACUGAGUGCAGAAUGCACAAGAAACUUACUUCUUUGUGUUUCUUGGCUUAUUAAAAACAUAUCAAAACAGACCAUCAGGCAUCUGUUUUCAGGACUAUCUACAUUGCAUACAAACAGUCUCCUGGAUCUGUUAUAUUUAUCAAUAUCUUGUUUUGAAUAUAAAGUACCCAGAUCUUCUCGAUUAACUCGCAGUGAUUCGUCUCGUUCUUCAGUUUCUAGGAAAAAAGACAAGAUGUCUCGACUUGAAGAUGCUAUUCUUGGGGGUGCAGCUUCAGCAAGACGUGAAAUGUUGAUGCGGCGUCGCAAUGAAAAAGGUGGAUCGACUUCAAUGCCUAGAGAUUUUGAACGAGGACUUAGAUGGCACAAGGACCGCACUGAGUGGAAACAGGAUAAAGGAUUAGGCGAUAAAAAUAGUGAAGAUAAUGCUGUUGCGAAUGCAAAUUUUGCUGCUGAAUCCACUUUAAUCGUUCUUGAUACUCUUGAAAUGAUAUUAGAAACUGCAUCGGAAAUGGGAAGUGUGCCGGCCAUACUUUCAUCAUGCCUGCGUACUCUAUUGCACUGCGUUGGUACGAACCAGAGUACAAAAGUAUAUGAUAACAUAUUUGCCACACAGAGAUCAAUUGUUGCAAAGUUUCCUGAACUUGUAUUUGAAGAAGAGGUGGAACAAUUACCAGACCUUUGUCUUUGCUUAUUGCAGAGGUGUAGUAGCAGUGUUUCUUCUAUUCGAUCACAAGCUGCUGCCUCUCUAUAUCUUCUAAUGCGCCAUAAUUUUUCGAUUGGUAAUUCAUUUGCUCGUGUCAAGAUGCAAAUCACCACGUCACUCUCUUCAUUGGUAGGAAUGUCAGCCCUUGAAAAUUUUGAUGAAGAAUACCUCCGACGAUCUCUACAAACUGUUUUAACUUAUGCAAAAACGGACAAGGACAUGAAAUCAACAUCUUUCCCUGAGCAAGUUCAAGACAUGAUUUUCAAUUUCCACAUGAUUUUAUCAGAUACAGUCAAGAUGAAAGAACAUAAAGAGGAUCCUGAGAUGUUAAUAGAUUUGAUGUAUAGAAUUGCUAAGGGAUAUCAAAAUAGUCCAGAUUUACGGAUGACAUGGUUACAGAACAUGGCGAAGCAGCAUUCUGAGAGAAAAAAUCAUGCUGAAUCUGGCAUGUGUAUUCUACACAGUGCUGCCCUUGUUGCUGAAUACAUUGGCAUGAUAGAAGAAACAUCGUAUUUGCCAAUUGGCUGUGUCGAUUUUCAACAUAUUUCAAUUAAUAUUCUGGAAGAAAGUGCUGUUUCCGAUGAUGUUGUAUCGCCCCAUGAAGAUGAAGUUUGCACUGAAAAAUACUUUUCGACACUUGGUCUUGUUGGGCUGCUAGAGCAAGCAGCAUAUGCAUUUGAUCUAGCAGGAUUGUAUGAAGUUACAAACAAGCUUUACAAGCUGCUAAUCCCUGUUUAUGAAGAGUUCCACGAAUAUAAAAAGUUGUCAGAUAUACACACAAAAUUGAGUAACUGUUUUACAAAAAUCAGCAGCCAAGUUGGAAAACGAAUGUUUGGGACAUACUUUCGCGUAGGAUUUUAUGGUUCGUUAUUUGGCGAUCUUAAUGGAGAACAGUUCAUUUAUAAAGAGCCGUCAAUCACAAAGCUGCCAGAAAUAUCUUAUAGAUUGGAGACAUUUUAUGGCCAAUGCUUUGGACCAAGCAAUGUGGAAGUUUUGAAAGAUUCAAAUCAGGUGGAAACUUCUAAAUUAGACCCAAGUAAAGCAUAUAUACAAAUCACAUAUGUUGAUCCCUUCUUUCACAAAUGGGAGGAGAACAGAAGAACGACAUAUUUCGAAAGGAAUUUUAAUAUCAACACAUUCGUUUAUGCGACACCAUACACUCUGGAUGGCAAAGCACAUGGGUCUAUUAAAGAUCAAUAUAAAAGGAAAGUAUUUUUGCAAGUGUCUCAAACAUUUCCAUAUGUGCGGACAAGACUGAGCGUUGUGAAAAAAUGGGAGACUGUAUUAACUCCACUAGAGACAGCAUGUGAAGAUGUACAAAGAAAAACCACACAAUUACUACUCGCUGCUGAGCAACAGGAAACUGACGUCAGGAUGUUGCAGGUAAAUCUUCAAGGUUCAUUGUUGACCACUGUGAAUCAAGGACCGAUGGAAGUAGCUCAAACAUUCUUAACCAGCAUACCAGAGGAUUCCAAAAUGUGGGUGCCCUAUAACCGACUCAGGCUUGCAUUUAGGAAGUUUCUUUAUGCUUGUUCAGUCGCACUCAAGAAAAACAAGCAGUUGAUUGGUCCUGAUCAAAAAGAAUAUCAACGAGAACUCGAACGAAAUUACAAUCGCAUGACAGACGAACUGAAGCCAAUGAUUAACAAUCUUAGAGUUAUGCAGCUCAUUAGAGAUGCUACUCCGGAGCAACUUGACUUGUAAAAAAAGAAGAUAAUUCAUUAACUAGAUGAAUUGUUAUAACAAUGUGUCUCGAUGUUAAAGCUGCUAUCCAACUAUCAGUCACAUGUUUUACAGAAUUUAUGCCAUGUUUUGCCAGAUAACAUAUUACUCCAGAUCUCUGUCACCCCUAUAUAUCUUAUUAUGUUUAGAAAUUAUUACCAUUUCAGUUUUUUUUUAAAUAGAAAUGCAAGGUUUUCUUUAUAUUCUGAAAUGUUUAUGGGAUCGGCUUAUCAAUUUUGAAACAAUGCGAGCUUUUCAUAGUUUGGAUUUCUGUAUAUUUGAUGAUGAUUUAAAUCUUGAAAACCAGUGUUGAUAGGAAUAUUAUGUUUCUUUGACAUGUUAAAUAAUGUUUUAUGCUACUUUCUAUACCAUGUUAUUACUAUUUGGAGCUUAUAUGUCAUGUAAUUAAAUUCAAGCAAUCAUUUUUUUUAUUGUUUUUUUCUUGAUGGUUAGAAACUGUAUUAUUGUGUACACAUUUAAUUAUCCAGCAUAAAUUUAAAUAAUUUCAAGCAGAAAAAGUUUUUGCACAAUGUUAAACAUUUUAGGAAUUAAGUGUAUUUUUUUAUUCUGUUGACAUGAUGACAUUUUCCUGCCACCAUAGUCAUACACAUUCUUUUUUUAUUCUCAAGUUUUUAUUCUUUCCCAAGUUCCAUUCAUUUUCCUGCUUGUGUGAUUUUUAAUUCAUUUCUCGACUGAAGGUGAGCAUUGUAUGCGUUUAAGUUCCCAGCUUUAUUAUUAUUUUUUUUCUAAAAACAAUCAUGCUUUCAUGUCAACAUUUUGUUUUCUUCUUUGAACUGUCACCAAAGUCACCACACAGUUAGAACGUACACUAAAUUUCAAUGCCAUGAGUUGUGCCACAAUGGGUUAGCAUUUGCCAAGCUUUGUCAAUACUCACAGUUUAGCUAACCUCUAUGUUAAUGAUAAGAGCAAACAUAUUAAUUUAGAAUUUACAUUGAAUCAAUUGGUGGUAUUAUAUUACAACUACAAGUAUACUCUGUAGUUGCCAUGUUGUCUUCAUGACACUAUUGUAUACAAAUGAGAUGCCCAUGAUUUAUAUUUAAUGAUAAUUUUUUUGUGUUAUUGUAUGUUUUAAAUUUGAUGUGUUAUUUACUUAUUUUUUCAUAUUCACGUAAACUGCUCUAGGCUGUGUCCUGCUGUUUGUCUGUCUGUCUGACAAAGCCUUUCAUUGAUAUCAUGUUAUUCUGGAUCUAUUAUAAAUCAGAAAAUUGUUAAACGGAAUAUAUUGUGCAAUGAAAUAAAGAGAAUUUUUUAUUCGUUUA